UUAAAAAUCAUUUUUCUAUUUUAUUUAAUCAACAUUCAAAACGUUUUGAUGUUAUUUUAAUGGAUAAUUGUGAUGAUCAUGAUUUAAUUAAAUGUUAUUUUCUUCUUCAAUAUCUUAUUUAUUCAAAAAAUUUUGAUCAAUUUUUUGUUAUGCCAUCGAAUAUAACUUGGAUUGAUAUUAAUCGAUUACAAACAACAACAUUUCAUCUAUAUCAAGAUUUUUUAUCUAAAGCACAACAAAUGGGUUGGGAUAUUAAUCAAGCAAAAUUUUUGAUUAAUAAUUAUAGAUAUGGUUCGAAAUAA